AUGUCGUCAAAAAAUACCAACGAAAAGGUUUUGGAGAUCGAUGCACACGUCAGCAAACAUUAUGACAUCGUUCGACGUCUUGGCAAAGGGGCUUACGGUAUCGUAUGGAAGGCGAUAGACAAGAAAAACAAGGACACGGUAGCGGUGAAGAAGAUCUUCGACGCCUUCAGAAACCAGACGGACGCACAGCGCACAUUCCGUGAGAUAAUGUUCUUACUGUCGUUCGCCAAUCACGACAACAUCAUACGAUUGAUCGGUCUUCACAAGGCGAACAACGACCGGGACAUUUAUCUCGUGUUCGAGUACAUGGAAACCGAUCUCCACAACGUGAUUAAAAAGGGCAAGAUCCUGAAGGACCUCCACAAGGUGUUCAUCAUGUAUCAGCUGUUUAAGGCGAUCAAAUACAUUCAUUCGGGGAACGUGAUACACAGAGACCUGAAGCCAUCAAACGUUCUACUAAAUGCUCAUUGUCAUUGUAAAAUCGCUGAUUUUGGACUGGCACGGUCGGUCACUCAAAUAGGCGAAGGAGAUGGUGAAACUGCCAGCGAUCCUACGCUCACGGAUUACGUGGCGACUCGCUGGUACCGGGCACCGGAAAUCCUCGUUGCUUCGAAAAGGUACACGAAGGGUAUCGAUAUGUGGUCGCUCGGAUGUAUUCUCGGCGAAAUGCUGCUUGGAAAGCCAUUGUUUCCUGGUUCGUCGACGAUAAAUCAAGUGGAGAGAAUAAUGGCCACUCUUCCGCCACCUACAAGAGAAGAUCUGAUUUCGGUUAGCGCCGGAUACGGCACCAAUUUGUUGGAAAAAACGCCGAAUGCACCGAGACGCUCGUUGAAGGAAUUGUUGCCAGAGGUGUCGGAGAAAGCAUUGAGCCUCAUCAGCAAUCUUAUAGUAUUCAAUCCUAAUCACAGAUUAACCGCUGUAGAGGCUCUGGAACAUCCUUAUGUGGCCGAUUUUCACAGAAGAAGCAACGAACCGGAAAGAGGUUCGAGCGUGGUACCUCUGCUCAGGGACGAUGUACAGCUCUCCGUCGACGAGUACAGAAAUAAGCUUUAUUCGAUGAUGGACGAGAAGCAUCGCAAGCAUAAGAAUAUGUCUAAGUCCAGAAUCAGGCGAUUAUCGGAGCACAUCAGGAAGGAAACAGUUAGUAGUAAUAGUAACCCAGUUAUCGGUCAAGGCGACGCGAUUGUUGGUAAAAAUCUUACACACUCAUAUCAAGAUUUACGUAAGGAGAGAGGUAGAAGCGACGCAUACGAGCCCUCUUACGUAGAAGUACGUUCGCAGCUGCCAAGCAAAAAGACGACACGGCAUUCGCAAAUUUUUAGUGAUGAAAGAGUUACGAAGACGAGAUCGAUAACUAUGGAGAUGCAGACGCAAAAUCCAAAAAAUCUUCGACCACCUGUUAAAAAUGUGGCAACUCAGUACACGCACAACUUUGUGAACGGCAAUCUGACUAAUUUGACACCGAGCACGACCAAAAGCUGUUUAUAUCUGAAUCAACAACACCGACCAUUAUCCAAAUCUCAACGUUCGAUACAAUCCGAUCAACCAGUGGUGUGCGCUCCUGGAAAAAGAGCGAAUCAAGCAGGAUCUAGCAAUCGGGACAAAUUGCGAAGGAAUAACAAACAGAUCCGCACGACAAAUCGACUCGCGUCCGAGACGAAUUGGCGCGAGGAGGAUCGGCAGAGGACUUCGUUCGGUUACGAGAAUCCGAAGGGGCCGCAGACGAAGUACUUUGCGAGGACGCCUGACAGCACACCCUCUUAUUACCUUAAGUAUCACAGCACCGUCAACAACAAGAAUAACGCAAACAACAGCACCGAAUCUUUGUACAAUACUUACCAUCCCACCGUGAAGAAUUUAGCUAUCCGAAACUACUUGAAUCAGACGAUACCAUCGCGCGUGGAAGAGCAAACCCAGUCGUUCCCUUGCCGAACGAGAAAUAACACGGAUUGCCGGAUGAUACUUCGAAGUAACCCUAGCAAUAUCGAGAAGCUGAAUCAGUCUAUUAAUUAUCAAACAGUUAACGGGAAUAAUCGAUCGAGGAACGGCCCGGUGAAUCGGUGCCACGUCGUAGGGACACAGUCGAAACAUUUUAUCGAUGAAAUCGGUACGGGCAGCGAGAAGAAAUUGACGCCUAUACGGGACUCCCCUUUCUUAGAAUCCUAUACCCAGAGUCACGGUGUGAUAACGGCGUCCGCGUACAAAGAUCUACGAAACGGGACUAUAAGAUGGUAAAAUGGCCAGGGUCCAACUUCCGAAAAAAAGAACGUUAAUAAUAA